AUGGGGGCUGAUGGCACUGAUCAGAAGAUCAGAAUGCUGAACAUACAGAACGCAUCUUGGGGCAGUCGCCAGGACUGGUACCAGGACAAUCUAGUGACCAGCCAGCCCAAUCCAGUGAUAGACAGUUGUCAGCAGCUGGACAGCAGUCUAGAUUCGGAACAUCAGACGGGGGCAGUAAAUGAAGAACUGGAUGACUCCCAGAUCCGGUUGCAACUGAAACGCAAACUUCAGCGUAAUAGAACUUCAUUCACUCAGGAGCAGAUUGAAGCAUUAGAAAAAGAGUUUGAGAGGACGCAUUACCCUGAUGUCUUUGCCAGAGAGAGAUUGGCGGCAAAGAUCGACCUGCCAGAAGCACGAAUCCAGGUAUGGUUCUCCAACCGGAGAGCCAAAUGGAGACGAGAAGAAAAACUCAGAAACCAGAGACGACAAGCGGGUAAUGCUUCCAGCCACCUUUCCAUCAACAGUUCAUUCUCCAGCAGUGUCUAUCAGUCCAUACCACAGCCCGGCAGCUCAGGGUCCAUGCUGAGCCGCAGUGAAGCAGCUAUAACGAACAGCUAUGGUUCUCUUCCUCCUUUGCCAAGCUUCACAAUGCCAAAUAACCUUCCCAUCCAGCCGGUAGCCAGUCAGACCUCUUCCUAUUCCUGCAUGAUACCACCAAGUCCUUCAGUGAGUGUCCGCAGUUAUGAUGCCUAUACAGCUCCUCAACUUCAGACUCACAUGAAUAACCAGAAUCUGGGGUCCAGUGCAAGUGGCUCCACAGGUCUGAUCUCUCCAGGCGUUUCUGUUCCUGUCCAAGUACCGGGAGGAGACCCAGAUCUGACUCAAUACUGGCCCAGGCUUCAGUGAAGAAAAAAAGGACAAGUAUGGAUUAAGUCUGACUGCUCAUAAUCUUGUGUAACGAAGCCAUCAAUCACUGUCGUGAAUCAACAGACCUCUAUGUUAAAAAUGGAGAAAAAUAUACCGUAUUCACCAGCUUUCUUAAUCAUGACUUAUCAAUAUCGUCAUCACAAGAACACCCAACCUUAAGAAGUCUACAACAGUCUUCUUUGAACUAUUUACAAAAUGGCUGAUUAUCAUAAGAUGUUCACCCCAUUUCCCAUGUUUUGUAAAGUAGUGUUACCACAGAUCAGCAGUUGGUAAAAACUCAGUUGAGAAUGAGAAGCUUUUUUUUCUACAACCAGAAAUUUAUCAAAGAAUCUGAUUCUGCUGAAAAGAGCUGUUAAACAAAUGGAUAUUGUUGAGUUCAGGUCUAAACAUCCGCACCUCUGUCUGUCUUUAGAAAACUUCCUGGUGUUAAGAACAGUGCUUUCAAGAUUUAACUUCUUACAAGAAAAAAGAGGAAAUAAGUUAUUUAAAACCAAAGGUACUUCUAACAUUGCACCACCUUAUGCUGUAUAAAGUAGGUCUUCACUGGCAUGUUUGUCCUGCCCUGAUAUUUCUCAUCUGGAUGGGUUCCCAUUGUUUUUUAAGGAUGUUUCGAUGAUACUACUAUAAUACCCAGUGUUGAUAAUGCCUGGGAAAUUUCAUUUAUAGACAUAGUGUACUGUGCAAAGGUGUUAGGCAGAUGUGGAAAUAAAAAUCAGCAGCAUAAGAAGUGUUAUUAGAAGUGUUAUUAUUAUAACAAAAUGCACAGAAUGAAAAAAAAGAGAAAUGUAAAUCAAAUCAAUAUUUGGUGUGAAAUCAAUACCUUUGCUGUCAAAAGAGUAUCAGUUCUUCUAGGUACACUUGCACACAGUUUUAGAGCACUAACCACAGAUCUUCUGUGGAUGUAGGCUUAUUCAAAUCCUUCUGUCUCUUCAUGUAAUCACAGACAAACUCAAUAAGGGCCUGCCUGUAUCAAACUGUUUUAAAGAAGCACAAAAAAACAGACAACAUUGAGGACCGUAGAUGCAGUGGUCGGCCAGGAAAACAGUGCAGCCGAUGAAAGACACAUCAUGCUUACUUCCCUUCAAAUUCGGAAGAUGUCCAGCAGUGCCAUCAUAUCAGAACUAACAGAAACCUGUUUGACCCAGGUACACACAUCCAUUGUUUGGAGAAGUUUGGCCAGAAGUGGUCUUCAUGUAAGAAUUUCAGCUAAAAAGCCAUACCUUCGACGAGGAAACAAGGCCAAGUGACUCAAUUAUGUAUGAAAACUGAGGAACAGGAAUGCAAAAAAUGGCAGCAGGUGCUGUAGUCUGGUGAAUCAAAUAUUUGGCUGUAACAGUAGGCACUUUGUUCCCUGAAGGGCUGGAGAACAGUAUAAUAAUGAGGCAACAGUGAAGCCUGGUGGGGGUUCCUUGCAAGCUUGGAACUGCAUUUCAGCAAAUGGGGUUGGGGAUUUGGAUUUUGGUCAGGAUUAAAGGUGUUGUCAAUGCUGAGAAAUACAUGCAAUACCAUCAGAGAGGCUUCGUAAUAGCUCCAAACUUACAUAGGACAAUGACCUAAGACAUGCAACCAAUGUUAUUUUGCGGACGUGACGUCCCGAAUGAGGAGGUUCAAAUGCACCCGUACCAGAAGUGAAUCUCGGCACACCCCUGACGAAGCGGAGCAAAACCCAAGUCGGACAGUGAUAUUUUAUGUGAUUUGAUUAAGACAACAACUUUGUAAGUACAAUAAAGUGCGAUUACUUUUAUCUAUACGUGGUGAGCACUAUGUAUGCAUUUUUUCUUAAGGCUGCAGCGCUGGAAUAAUGGGCAGAAACGAGCAUUGCGGUACCUGCAUCCAGCACUGAAGUAUAUUGCCGUAACAAGAGAAGUGUGAACGCCUGUGGGCUAAGAGACAGCACGCAGACUUUGUUAGUUGCGUUGAGCAUACACUGGGAGACUGCACUUUUUAUUGUUCACCGUUACCACUUGUUUAAUUUGCGCAGAUCCGCUACCCCUUUUCUUUUGCUUUUUAUACGGAGGACUGGGAUAACUCCUCAUAGGAUCUUGCAGCAUACAAUACGCAUGUGUAUUAAAAAAAUCACCAAUAAUUUUUGUUUAGUGUUGUUAAGCCUUCAGCAUAAAGAAGAACAAGGAGUCCUGGAAGUGAUAUGACUCCCACAAAGCCCUGAUCUUAGCGUCAUUAAGUC